AUGAAAUCAUUAAAAUUAUUAAUUGCAUUGGCCGUUUUGUUUAUACAGAUUACUCCGAAUUUAGCGUUUGAAUAUUUUGGAAGUUUAAGCAUUCCAUCUGACUUAAGUUGGAUUUUGUGUAGUGAAGAACGUACUAACACCAUCGCAUUCAGAAUAACGGUGACAGAUAAUGUUAAAAUUAAUCCAAAUGACACACUAGCAAUUGGUACGAUGGUUCGAGGAAUGAUAAACACAACCACGUAUUUAAAUCAAGAAGGAGGAAUUGAUGUGCUUGUUUUACGCAAAAGUAAACUAGAGCAAUAUACCAAUAGUGAAGUAUUCGAAAAAAAUGGGGGAGUUGACAAUUAUCCCGAUUUUUCUUGUUUAAACCAAGUACCUGAAUGUAACAGGCAUACCGUAAAUCGAAAACUACUUCCGGAUUAUGAUUAUCAAUGUUUAAUAGUUGCAAAUCCUAAUUUUAAACCAGUCACUCUCGCGUAUAAUAUAGGUUUUUUUGAAAAUGUUGAAAAUGACGCUAAUGGAUUAAAUGGUGAAGUUGUUCAAAUAUUACAAGUAUUACUAAUUUUUUUUAUCGUGAUAAUUAUGUAG